ACAUAAACAUUGAUCGGAGAAGAAGAUACCAUCAAAAUGGAGAUGACAAUGGUGGGUUUGGAUGGAGGAGCCACUACUGGAACUCAUAACAAAGUCAAUAAAUAUGCUUUGGCAUGUGCUAUUGUUGGCUCCAUUAUAUCUAUCAUCUUUGGUUAUGAUACGGGUGUUAUGAGUGGAGCAAUGAUAUUCAUUAAAGAAGAGAUGAAAAUCAAUGAUGUUCAAGUGGAAGUUCUAGCCGGAAUUUUGAACCUGUGCGCACUGGUGGGAUCGUUGACGGCAGGAAGAACCUCCGACAUAAUUGGUCGCCGGUACACGAUUGUUUUAGCAUCGGUGAUCUUCAUGAUUGGCGCUUCUCUGAUGGGGUACGGCCCAAACUACGCAAUCUUGAUGGUCGGGAGGUGUAUAACCGGCGUUGGAGUUGGUUUUGCGUUAAUGAUUGCCCCUGUAUACGCUGCAGAAAUUUCAGCUCCAUCAUCGAGAGGAUUUCUCACUUCUUUACCAGAGUUCUGCAUUAGCUUCGGCAUUUUGACGGGCUAUGUCUCAAAUUACUGCUUCGGAAAAAUGGGUGCGAAAAUUGGCUGGAGACUGAUGCUCGGAGUUGCGGCAAUUCCCUCCCUCUUCUUAGCUCUCGGAGUUUUGAGAAUGCCGGAAUCUCCCCGGUGGUUGGUGUUGCAGGGACGACUGAAAGACGCCAGAGAAGUUCUGUCGAAAGUGUCGAAUACAGAGGAAGAAGCAGUGGUUCGAUUCAGAGACAUUAAACUCGCGGCUGGAGUCCCCGAAGAUUGUGAGCAGGACGUCGUGAAAAUGCACCGAAAAACUCACGGCGAGGGGGUAUGGAAAGAGCUAUUGUCUCCAACGGUCACCGUGCGUUGGAUUCUGGCGGCGGCGAUUGGGCUGCAUUUCUUCCAACACGCUACAGGUAUUGAAGCGGUUGUAUUAUAUAGCCCUAGAAUUUUCAAGAAAGCCGGGAUCACAAGCAAGGACAAGCUGUUGCUGGCGACUGUCGGUGUUGGAGUGAUCAAAACGUCGUUCAUCCUCGUCGCCACGUUCUUACUUGACAAAGUCGGAAGAAGGCGGAUACUAUUCACAAGCAUAGCGGGGAUGGCGGUUGCACACUCAAUGUUAGGAUUUGGUUUAACGAUGGUGGAAGAUUCAAAUGGGGGAUUGCCUUGGGCGUUAAUUCUCAGCAUAAUCUCCGUUUAUAUGUACGUGGCCUUAUACUCGAUUGGAAUGGCGCCGGUUACAUGGGUAUACAGUACUGAAAUCUUUCCGUUGAAAUUGAGGGCACAAGGACUGAGUAUCGGGGUUGCGGUGAACAGAUUGAUGAAUGCAGCUAUUUCGACGAGUUUCAUUUCGAUCUACGAAGCUAUUACAAUCGGUGGGACUUUCUUCAUGUUCGCGGGAAUCUCUGUAAUCGCUCUAAUUUACUUCUAUUUCUUCUUGCCGGAGACGAAAGGGAAGUCGUUGGAAGAGAUUGAAAAGUUAUUCGGCCCUCCUUUAUCUAGGGAAGACGAUAGAGCAAGAGACGACGUGUAGUUUUGAAGCCACACAAAGAAGUAAACGACAUGUAGGCCAACUGAAAGAAUGUCGGUCCUUAACUAUGUAAUUUGAGAAUUGUAAAUUAAGACAGAUUUCUCAAACUAUGAUCGUUUAAUCUUUACUCGGCAAUAUUUCAAUCAAAUAUGGCUUUUACCA